AAUCUCUGAUAGUUUUAUGUUGUAUUUCAGAGAUAUCAUGGUUAGACCGCGGCACGGGGCGAGUACGAGCGGUGUGAGUGACGAGGAUAUUCGUCAGAUGAUCCACGAGGAGGUGGCGGCGGCGAUCCGGGCUGAGAUCCCGGAGAUGUUUGGGUCUAUCAAGACCACUCUGAUGGAGACGUUCGACGAGCGGUACGCCGCAUUGACUGAGGCUGCAACCGCUGCAGCUACCGCAGCUGUGGCCGCUGCUAGGCCACAGGGGGGUGAUUCAUUGCUGUUCCGAGAGUUCAGCAACACGAAGCCACCGGAGUUCGAUGGGACGCAGGAUCCGAUUGCUGCGAUGAGGUGGAUCGCAGAUAUAGAGGGGUGCUUCUACACUUGUUCAUGCCCGGAGCACCUGAGGGUACGGUUCGCUUUGAACCAGCUCCGUCUGGGAGCCAAGGACUGGUGGAAGUUCGUGACGGCGAACUUCACUUUAGCAGAGACUGCGGCAGUGACAUGGGAGGGGUUCACUACCAUGUUCAGGGAUGAGUACGUUCCCCCGGUGGAGCGGGAACGAUUGGUUCAGGAGUUCUUAACCCUCAAGCAGGGUACUGAUUCGGUGGCGGCGAUCACGCGGAAGUUCCACGAGAGGGCGAUGUUUUGCCCCGAGCUAGUGGCCACAGAGCAGGCUCGGAUGAGCCGGUACUUGGGUGUUCUGAGGAGGGAGAUCCGGGAGUUUGUAUCAAACUCCACUUACCAUACUUUUACUGAGCUUCAGGCGAAUGCCAGGAAGCGUGAGAUCGAGUUAGAGACUCAGGCCAGGGAGGAGGCCGAGUCUCAGCAGGCAGACCGGCGACCGGCUCAGUCUCAGCCGGCAGCCAAGCGGAUCAAGUCCGCCGAUUCGAGGACGGGAGGUUCGAAGAACCGCACUUGCGUAAAGUGCGGUAAGGGUCACGAUGGGGCGUGUCGAGCCGGUGCUUGCUACAAGUGUGGCAAGGAGGGACACAUUGCUAGGGAGUGUCCCAAGGGAUUUAUGGUUUGUUUUCAUUGCAACCAGACCGGCCAUCGGAAGGCCGAGUGCCCUCAGCUUCGUCAGGGAUCUGCACCUGUUGCCAGGACUACUGAGACUCGACCGGUGAAGGUCGAGGCCCCGAGGGCUCGUGGGAGAGCCUUUCAGCUGACUGCGGAGGAGGUCCGCGCUGCGCCCGAUGUUGUGGCAGGUACUAGCGAGGACCGUGGGAAGGCGCCGGCAUGAUCGAUACACACUGAAGAUUGUUUUAGGAUCUUGGGAGUUUGAAUAAUUGUAUUGACCGAAUAAUUAAACUAUUUAUGCCUUG